AAUACUUUGUAUACAAGCGCGGAGGUGGCGGCAGGUUGCAACAUUUUUUCCUGGCGUGUUUAGCAUGUGUAUCGCCACACCCGUACAACCAUGUCAUUUUGUGUCUAUAGGCUCCUUACCUCAAAAUGGAUAGUUCAGACGACGAUUUUUUUUCUGACUAAAAGUAGAUUUUGCAGUGACGGCGGAGAAUCUGACAGUGUGUAAAGAUGCAAUGGCGAUCCUACAGAAGCAGUGUACAGAGUCUGACCCGGUCAACUUGGUGUCCAUUCGUAGAUUCUCAACAUUUGGCUUAUUCUCAACCAAUCAACUUCCAGGCAAGUCAGCUCAAGGGGGACACAGAUGGGAAGAGUACACCUGUCCACAUCAUAGUCAAAUAAAUGUCAAUAUUAGACAUCUUUCAAACAGUUUCUCAGCUGGUGAACUCAUUGGCUUUAACAAUACAGGAAAUGUGUGUUUAUGGCCAUCAGAAGAGGUUUUGGCCUUCCACUGCAUGAAGAAUGCUGAAUUAUUUAAAAACCAAAGACUGUGUGAACUUGGAGGAGGCAUGACAUGCUUAGCGGGUAUUGCAGUUGCUGUGUGCUCAGAUGCUGCUGAGGUACUACUGACUGAUGGAAAUCAAACAUCAGUCCAAAAUGUGAAAGAAGUGCUUGCUGAAAAUAGCUCCAAGUUUGGUCACACAAGUGUUGCAGCAAGGGAAUUGAAAUGGAACCAGAGACAAACAUUUGAAGAUCUGAAUGGCCACUUUGAUCACGUGAUAUCUGCUGAUUGUUUGUUCUUUGAUCAGUUUAGACGAGAUUUGGUGGAUACUAUUGAUGUUCUUCUAAAAGCUAAGGGUGUAGCCACUAUCUUUGCACCGCAAAGAGGGAAGACACUGGAUGACUUUUGUGAGUUUGCCAGGCUAAGAUUUACUGUGGAAGUUGACCACAAGUAUGACCAGCUUGUAUGGCAAAAACAUCAAGAGAUGCUGAUUCAGGGAAAGGAGUUAUACGAUGAAAACAUUCACUACCCUGUCAUGAUCACUCUCACAAGGUGACCAAGGUGUCUUCUUGCAUCAUAAACCUGUCGGGUCGUUUACCAUUUAUUUUACAUUUUGCCCUGUGCUUUAUGCAGAGUGUUUAAGCAGAAAUGAACUGUAUGCAUUAGUUUGUGUGGCAUUUUGAAUAAUACAGGGUGAGUAAAAAAAAAGCAGAACCCAAACCUCGGAAAAUAUAUUUCAUAUUUAAUAAAAUAUGUAGCACCAAAAAUAAUAAUGACUGGAAAGCCAAUUUCAUAAACUACUUUUAGAUGAAAAAAAAAACUUAAAUUGCUCAAUCCAUUCAAAGUAUAUCACAAUGACCCUGAAACCUUUUUCUUCCAAAAAUGCAUUUUCAAGAAUUGUCGUCACAAUUGUCUUCAAACAUCACCAGUGAUAAAACUUGAGUUUAAAAGUUAAAAAUAUUCAACAAAGUCCCUUUAAAGGCCCAUCUUUUGAACAAAAGUGGAUUUUAUAAAUUAUAUUUUUCGCCUAAGCAGGGUUGUUAAUAAAGAUGUGUGUACUACAGUUGUUGACAGUUGUUGAAACAAGUAUUCUGUGUAUGUUUUUUUACUCACCCUGUAGUAGAGUUAACAAGACAUUGAUGUGUUCUAAGAUGAAAGGGUGGGUUUAUAUUCUUUGUGGUCUACUCCCAAAUUAAAGUUGAUUUGAAUCUUAUAUUGGGGCAAGAGAACCUAUUACCCCUCCCCUUAGUUGACUUUUAGAAGGAAUAACAUUUGAAAUAGAUGAAGGCAGUCAUAUUACUCCACAUUAACUUACACAUUAAGCAUUAAGUUACCAAUGUAACUCAAUCAUUGAUACUUGUAUAAUUCAAAGAUAUCUGUAUGUGCUCUUAAACACAGUUUAGGUUUUUCUCUCCUGACAGAUUUUCAAAUUGUAUGUUCUAUUUUAACCCACCCAACCCCCCCCCCCCC